AUGGGAGAAGAACAGGCUCAAGAUGAUGUCUUUUUGGAGGAACUACUCAACAACUACGAUGGGCGUCUACAUGGGAAUUUUCCUUUUGACUUUGAAUCGCAUCUAACUGUGGAGUUGGUUGACACAGUGCAUUCCAAAUGGGAAACCUUACCCAAUACUGAAGUUGUUGAGAGUCCAAAGUCCUUCCAUUGUGACCGCGAUUGCUUUGACAUUCGGAUCUAUGGAAGAUUCAAACAAACUUCAGGUUCAUUACUGCGAAAUGAAAAAUGCCGGAAAUAA